AUGGAUACGGGUAGCAUACUUGGAGCUAUUGAGAAACUCGAGGCUGGAACGAUUGCAAAGCGCUCGGAGGGCCUAGAGGACCUGAGACGUGCGUUGAACAGUUUGCAAUCAUCAUCAAGGUUGCAAACUGUCGGUGAUAUUGGUUGGCAGAAGAUCCUGAAUGUACUGUUCACUCUGGUCAAGAACGACAAGCAUGAUCUGCUGAACGGCUCAGCCACUGCGAAAAAGAGAGCCACUAACCGACUGGAGAUUGUCUCGUCUGCUCUCAGGCUUGUCGUUACCACAUGCACUCCUUUUAUUCAAUCCAAGCUCGCUCACUCUGUGCUAGACCAUAUUUCGAAUCAGCUCGACUACGAGAGGAGUACCGAAGAACCCUUUCGCCAAUGUGUUCAGGCAGAAUUCGUCAAGGCCUAUCGUGUUGUCCUCAACAAUGAGUCUCAUUGCGAACAUCUUCGAGCCAGCCAGUGGUCAAAAUGCGUCGAUCUCAUCCUAUGUGCUAUUAAUGCAAAUCUAGCCAGCUUGACCGGCAUAGACGAUGACGACAACGACGAUGUCAUGUCGAUUGUUCGCGGUGUGAGCAUAAACAGCUCUAUGAGAAGCACAGUGGCCAUGCGUGCGAGUCAAAAUAGUGGAAAUAGAGGCUCUCGUGCUCAAGAUUCGCAAAUCAUGGAUGAUCUCAUUAUAUCUCUACGCAACUUGUCAAGCACGCCCAAUAGCCCCCUACAUUUACGGUCCAACGAUAUUUCUCAGACUGUGAUUAAUACUUUGACCACUUCCUUACAAACUAAGGAUGCUGCCUUCGAGUGUUUGAACAAUAUUGUCCUGGUGGCGCGCACGGAAGAUAUUGACCUCGUUGUCCACAUUGCGGCUCAGGUUCUGGUUAUCAUGAAGCAGCUGUGGACACACAAGGUUGAUCACAAGUCUAUCAGCUUGCGGGAGCAGAUGUUAGUCAAUGUUCUACUUGUUCUACCAUGCUUACGUGUUGGCCAGCUCGCGAAAUCCAGAAUUAAUCUCUCCAGCAUCGAUUCACUGGCAAAACAUAUGCUCGAAGAGUACGACAGCCGCACCAGCCAAGAUUGUCUGCAGCUAUCUGACCUGAUUUUGACAAAUUCUGCAAGUGACGACUUAUUUUCUCAGAGAGGCAUCUCUCCUAAGUUGGACUCUCCUCUAGCAGUUCUGAACUGGACGACUGUCUCGCUCAUCGCAAAGCUCAAAGCACUGUCCCAGCAUCAUGAAUCGACAAAAGCCAAUGAUGAUAUUGAAGGUUACCGACUGCCUAAGCGCAAACGUCUAUCGUUAGCUUUCCCGGAUGUUGUCCGUAUACUGUUUGUGGAGGAGCAAGAAAUAGGGCUCGAAGAGGCGACCCAUUUUCUAGAACACAUCUUACCUACUUUGACGGACGAUCGCGAAGGACGAUCUUCGUGGUUGUUGUUGGUGCUGAGCCGACUCUGUAGAUGCUCAAUUGCGGCCGAAGAAGUUCUUUCGAUUCAUUGGGACCGCGCCUGGAGUGUGGCCUCUCAAUUGAUUACCAGCACUGUCAACUCGAGAGCCGCAUGCUUCGCUAUGAUGGCUUUGCUUGAGGCUGGUCUUGUGGACAGCCGCCUCUCAAGCACUGCACUUAUGGAUUCUUGCUUUCACGGUGGCUCUAUGGGACCUCCUAUUCUAACAGAUGCCGCGUUGUUGUUAUUCACCUUCUGUCUUCGAUCGAACUUCCUGCCCGCCGAUAGAGACUUCACGAAUUUUCAUGGUCGAAUCAUGGCAUGGCUCAACACGACCUGGAUAAUUCCGCCAGCUCGCGACUAUGCUGGUUUUGUCAACAUAUCAAAUAUGGCACGGCCGACACUCCUCCUCGGACUUCUUGCAGCUUUGAACGGUAAAGGCUCUGUCUUGUGUCAGGAGUGUCGAGCUACUUAUCCGACAACGAUCUACAAUUACUAUCUGCGAACCGCCACAAGUUCUGACUUACUCGACUUCUGCAUAGGUACUGUAGGCUCAGAGGAACGUCAUAUCGCGCACUCACAUGGAGCUGAGGUUAUGCAACGUUCUGCGCCUCUGAUGUCGAAGGAAGUGGUUCAAAGCCUUACGGAUUUUUUAACGAGAAAGCUCGAGGAGUUUCGAAAUGGCUUUCGUGAGAUCGAGGUGACGGACUGUAAGGAUAAAGAUGGUAAGCUUCUUGAUCACAAGAGGCGCGCUAACCUGAGCCUUGACCUGGCUGAAAUAAUCUGCAAUGCUUGUGCUGUUGCCUCUCUUAUCAUGGACCAAAACCACCUCAAGGGCAAUCUGCAGAUUAUUAAUAGUGCCUGGGAAUGCGUGCUGGAUUACACAAAACUUCAAUUCAACGACGAGCUAGGGUUUCAGUCGACCUGCACACGGUUUGGACAACGCUUGCUCUCACUUCGACAUGAGAACGUCACCGACUCGCACGAAUACACAAGGAGGACACACCAACUCUUGAGCUCACUUAACGUCCUCAUCGCAGACCAAUCGUCGUGUCAGCUUAACUCCGAUGAGAUGGACCUUGAUUUCGGUACACAAGUCGUGGGUUCGCAAUACAGUCAGAGUAAAUCACAAAAUACUGAUCCACAUGUCAUGCGGAGAGACAUCGAGACUCCUGCAGACAUUCGGAGUCGCUUCAUAGAGACGAGGAUCAUGCUGAUGCGAGAAAGCUUGAGCACGGAUAAUGCAAAAUCCGCGGUGCUUGCUUCGUCCAUCACAGAACUGGUGGUGAAGUUAUCCUCAAACGACCUCCUGGCCAGUCGCACAGCUCUUCUGGAUUGGAUCGACCAUGGCGGUUCUCCAAGCACAUCCGACGCUUAUCAGCUGCUGCAUCACGUGGCCAAUUGUUGCCUGCGGGACGACAAACACGAGCGCAAUGAGGCUGCAUUGUGUUUCUGCCUGAAAGUUCUAUACUCUACUAUGCACUUGUGGGAGAACACCGAACAUGAGAAGCUCGGAGAUGUGGCCUUCACUGUUUACAGUUGGUUUAUUGAGAUAGCUCUGGAUAAGGGUAUAGCUUCUACGCAAGUACUUCACAACCUUGCUCGCGUGCUUGCCAAACUGCUGCAUCGUCAACCUCAAUAUGGAGUGGAUGACUUGCCAUCACCCAGGACCAGUCUUCUUAAGAUAUUGAAGAUAGCCACUUCGAGUCUUCGCUUCAAUAUGGUGCCCAUUCUGGAAGACUUGUUCGAUUGCUAUAUCUUGACAGAACACGCUGCUGUCUUUGACGAUGUCGUCGACUGCCUACCGACAGAUCCUGAAGAUAGAGAGGGAAUUGCUGUGAGACUAUUUGUGCUUGCCAAGCUCGGCAGUCGCUGGACGACAGUAUUGAGACAAGCUGUUUAUCACAUAUUCGAAACAGCUGCGAAUGUGCCUUCCUCUUUAAAUGCUUCUCAAAAGGCUGUCAAGAUUAUGACCACAAAUCUGCGUCUAGGCACCCAGCCAACUGCAUUAUUUCGAUUGUUUGCGUCGCAGUUGUUCUUUACCUGGCUACAAGAUGGUACUAUCGACACCAUACCAUUCACCGCUUUUGGUUUCGAGUCACUGCAGCACCUGAUCUCGGGCGAAUGCGGCGAGCUUGUCCCCCAGCUUGUCUUGCGGACAAACCCUCGUAAUCAGCAGAUGGUGUGCAAUAUGCUUGAGACAGGCUGGCGAGAUCUGGUGUUGCAGAAUUUCCCUAAGUCAGCAGCCUACGCUGUUUCAACGGAUAUCGUUGAGAAUCGUGCUGGAGCUGACAUAGGUCCACUCGAAGAAGCCUUGCAAGCCGUUGUUGGUCAAGCGGACUAUCGUACAUUGUUCAAGCGCCAUUUCGCGCAGAUCCUGACUCAGGUCAUGCUGUGCUUAAGCGACGAUAAAGGCCUAGAGAAGGUCCUGGAUUCUCAUGAACCUUACAAGAGUCUCUUCGAGACUUAUGCAGCCAUCUAUCAGAGAGGUGCCUCGACAGUUGUGCUACCUCAAAGACAACAACCAUCUUUCAAGGCAAAGUACCUGAUGCAGAUACUCUCCAAACUCUGCCUCAGAGCGAACUUACUGCCAGAAUCAUUCUGGAAUUCUGCACUCUUGGUUUAUUUAUAUCGAGAACUCUUGGAUGAUGCAGAUCCAGCGCUUGGACCUUUGCAUGUUGCCUCUAUGAUUAGGAGAAUACGUAUUGCCGUGGUUCUAAGCGGCACUAUAGCUCUCCAAGGCUAUCCUCUGGAGAUGCUAUUGCACAGUUUGAGGACAUAUCUGACCAAGUUCCACUGCUCUCAAGAUACGAUUGGUAUUUGCUGGUACUUGCUGGAGUACGGCCGAGGCCAUCUGCAAAACAACUUGUCGUUUGUGAGCGGCUUCGGUGUGUCUGCCUUCGCCUCACUUGCGGUUUUCGCAAGCUCUCCGCAGGAAAGCACCACACAAGAGAAUCACCACCAUACAACAUUGGGCAAAGCUGAUGAUUUUCGGAGUUGGUUGGCUGGCUUUUUGUUAUCACUAGUAAUGGAGACACCCGAGACAGAUCGUGCUAGGAGAUAUCGAAGCAUGAUCACUAGUGCCAAAGACAUAACUACUUCAGCCACCAACAACAAGAAUGAACCCGAGGGUAUGCUGAUCUAUCACAUCAUCCUCGACCAGGUUGCUCCAGAACCCCUGAUCUCGGCUAAGUCUUUUAUCAACGUGCUCCGUAUGUUGAGCGAUCACUUCCAGUUGACUGACGAUCCGACAAAUGAUAUUUUCGCUAGUUCGCCCGACCUACUAGCAGGAGCUUCGGUGUUGCAGUCUAUACAAGAUAUAUCACAAUACUCUGUGACGUUUCAAGCGUGGAUAGGGAGCGUUUUAGGCAGAGCAUACUCUAUCCAGGGUCCGACACUCGUCUCUCGUAGAUUUGGCAAUACGAUAAGCACAGAUCGUGUCAAGUCAAACUCUUUAUUACCUGAGGACUCUUAUCGACGAAUCCUUCACACCCUGGCUGAUGUUAUCUUUACUGGAGAUAGCAGAGCCGCCAGUGUUGCGGAACGUAUCAUGUCAUUCGUUCUAUCCCAUCUUUCGAAGACGGAUCGGCAGUCACAUCUAGGAGGCUCACCAGUCUAUCGUGGUCUUCAAGAUUUGACUUUCGACACAAUGCAAUGUCCGGAGCCAUUGUUGAAAGAACCCCUGUCGCAUGAUGCAGACUCACUGUCCGCUUUGCACGAUUUUGGAGGCAGUCAGCAUUGGGCUGCGACCGUAGCCGAGUCGCUCAUCUCCCCAGAUCUUGACGACCCGAUUUUGAUUGGCCUCAAAGCCGCUCUACGACUUUGUGGCGAUUUUGCUAGCAAGAUUCUGCCAUGCGUGGUACACCUCGUAUUGGAAUGGUACCUCGCAAGACAGAUCAAGACUGCACGGAACACGUUGACAGAAUUGUUCGACAAUGUAUUGAUGAACAAAAGUGACGGACCCAAAGGUUUCGCACGACUCGUGCUUGAGGUCAUUUUCUACCUACGCAGUUGUACUAUACAUAACGAAUCAACAUAUGCCAGCCGCAACCAUUGGCUCGAGAUCGACUAUCGUAAAGCUGCUAUGGCAGCACUACAGUGUCAAAUGCCCGAGUGGGCGAUUCUCUUGGCUGAGAUUGGACGAUCUGAGCAGGACUUACAAGCUGGCCGCACACGUCGAUCAUCAGUUGCAGACGACUCUUACGAUAAGGAGCUUUUGUCUCGGCUGUUCAGAAGCGUUGAGGAUCACGACUUCUUCUAUGCUAGUAACGACAAACAGGAUAUGCUCUCCGUUAUGGACAAAUUGGAGCAUGAACUAGAUGGCACCAAAGCAUUGGCCUUCCAGAGCGCUUUAUUUGACUCGAGCUUCAAACUCCAUGGAAUGGAAUCUGCACUUCAAUAUCGAAGCGGAGGUAUGACCACUGCUCUAACGUUGGCGAAUCUGAACGGGUUGGCAUACGUGACGCACAAAUACACCAAUAGCUCCGUAGCAGCUUCAACUAAAAGCUCUGGCGCAUCCAUGCUCAAUACGCAUCAGUGGAAUGUAGCCACUGCAGACCAGGACUCGCAGCUGAAGCGAACGAUUGGUGAAGUGCUGUCCAAGGUCGAAAUUUCAAGCUCGAGAGCCAAGAUAGUGGCACUCGUGGAAGCAGGCCUCCAGGAAGCAGUAUCGCGAUUAGCAAGGACGGCCUCAGUUCGACAUAAUGACAUGCACAACCUCGUGGAAGUUGCCGCACUUUCGGAUAUUCAACGGCUCGUGUCGGCCACCUCAAAGGAGGACUUGAGAGACGUGUGGACGCAAUUCAUACAACCGCUUCCCUGGCAGAACCUGGAAAGUUUCGAUGCUAGCUCGACUAUACUUACAACUCGGGAGGCUGCCGCAGCAGCAAUGAGACGUAACACCAAAUCGUCCAGUCUUUUUAACAUAGGUGAGUCGGAACUACUACUCUAUGAGAUUCAAGCUGUUCGUUCUUCACUACUCGUUGCAAGUAAACACGACGCGUCACAAUUUUGUUUGAACCGUGCCGCCUAUCUGAACGAUUUGCACGGCGCCGCUACUCGCCUUGGUCUCGAUACACAAGCCGCCACCACGUUCGACAUAGCAAAUACACUCUGGUCACAGGGAGAGAUUGCAGCACCUAUCGAGAUGCUCCGAUCACUUGCAGAUGCAAAAUCGCAUGACAAAGGUACUCUGCCAGUUACUAGAGCUGAACUUCUGACCGAGUUGGGCCAAAAGGUCAGCCAAGCACGAUUAAAUCGACCUGACGAAGUAACGACGCACUACCUGCGACCAGCUAUAGAAGCACUUCAGAAGAACACAAUGGGGUCAAUGGCUGGCCGCGUAUUCCACAACUUUGCGUCAUUCUGUGACAGCCAACUUCAGGACUCUGCGGCCAAGGAUGACUAUGAACGUGUCUCUGAGAUCAGAGAUCGUAAGUCGCAGGAGGUGCUGGAAUUGACUCAAAUGUGCCAAAAUGCAUCUGGUACAGAGCGCAAAGUCCUGUCGGGACACCUGGCAAAGGCCAAGACUUGGUUGAAGCUAGACGACGAAGAGUACGAGAGACUGAAGGCAAAUCGAGCACAGCUCUUACAGCAGUCACUUGAAAACUACUUGCUAUCUUUGCGAGCAUGUGACGACUUUAAGAAAGACGCCUUGCGGCUGAUGGCUUUAUGGCUCGGGAAUGCAGACGUUCCUGAAGCAAGCAAGACUGUCCGAGACUACUUGCGAUUCGUACCGUCGAUGAAGUUAGCGCCGUUUGUCCAACAGUUGUGCUCAAGGUUGUUGAACCAAGAUGAUAUCUUCCAAAAGGGACUUCAAGAUAUCUUGCUCAGAAUUUGGUGUGACCACCCUUUCCACGGUCUUUAUCAGCUGUUCUCUGCCUGCAAGAGUAAAGGCGCAGAAAGCGACACUGUGGCUCGAUCACGAAACAAAAGUGCUAAUAUCCUCGCUGAGAAGGUACGUACAAGGGGAGGAACUCCAUCGUCAGUAUGGGUAUCCUUGCACAACAGUGCCAUGCACUUCGUCCAGUUUGCCCAAGAAAAGCUGGCGGAAAAGGAUACCAAAGCUGGUUCCAAAAUCCCUUUUCGUAACUUCAAGUAUGGUGUAAAAUUGGAGCAAACACUACAGACUUCCACGUACAAGAUACCACCACCUACCAUGAGUAUUGCACUCCGUGCCGACAAGGACUACUCUGUUGUUCCUGCAUACACCAUGUUUGAGCCAAAAGUAAGCAUCGCGGGAGGUGUCUCAGCACCCAAGAUCGUAACAAUGAUUGCAACGGACGGCUUAAAGUACAAGAUGCUUCUCAAGGGCGGUAACGACGACCUUCGACAGGAUGUCAUCAUGGAACAGGUCUUUGCACAGGUGUCUGACCUCCUGCAAGAUCAUCGACCAACUCGACGACGUAAACUCGGCAUACGAACCUACAAAGUCAUCCCACUUACGCACAAUACAGGCAUCAUAGAGUUUGUGCAGAAUACAAUGCCUCUACACGAUUACUUACUACCGGCACAUGCGCGUUAUUUCCCCAAAGAUUGGAAAUCAAAUCAAUGUCGACGCAUGAUCGUUGAUGCAGCACCAAAGAAACUAGAAGAGAGGGUCAAGGUUUAUCGCUCUAUUACUCAACAUUUUCACCCAGUCAUGCGCUUCUUCUUCAUGGAGAACUUUCUUGACCCCGAUGAGUGGUUUCAAAAACGACUCAAUUACUCUCGGUCAACAGCAGCGAUCAGUAUGCUGGGUCACGUCCUUGGGCUUGGUGAUCGACAUGGGCACAACAUCCUACUUGAUCAGCAGUCUGGCGAAGUAGUUCAUAUCGAUCUUGGUGUGGCCUUUGAGGCAGGUAGGGUACUGCCUGUGCCAGAAGUCGUACCUUUCCGUCUCACACGCGAUCUCGUAGAUGGCAUGGGCAUCAGUGGUGUCGAAGGGCCCUUUCGACGUUGCUGUAAUUUCACAUUGGACGCUCUUCGUAAGAGUCAAGACGCUAUUAUGACCAUUCUUGAUGUCCUUCGCUGGGAUCCAUUACACAACUGGUCCACCUCUCCCUUGCGCCUACAGCGUAUUCAAGAACAGCAAGAACGUGAGGAAGCGCUUGUAGACGGAGCGAGCCUUGAAGGAACCGCUGGAACGAUGGAAGACGGACCAACAGCAAGAGGGAAAGCGGACGAGCCUGGAGAAGCCGACAGAGCUCUGGCCGUUGUAGCAAAAAAGUUGUCUGCGACCCUGAGUGUCGAAGCGACUGUGAACGAAUUAAUCCGGCAAGCAACAGAUGAACGGAAUCUUGCAGUUUUGUUUGGUGGAUGGGCUGCAUAUGUGUGA